AGAGAGAGAGGGAGGGAGAGAAAGAGAGAGAGGAAGGAAACAUUGCAGACAAAAGAGCAGCCCUCUGGACGAAGCGGCUUGUUUACUCCAAGGCGGAACAGCCUGUUUUCCUCUCCUGGAUACUUCAGCCAGUAAAGACUACAACUGGGAUUUAUUUCUAAGACUUUUGGAAGUUUUUUGUUUUUGUUUUUUUUUUUUUUUGUUGUCAUUUUGGACUUGACAGGAUAUUUGGACUCCUAUAGUUUUCCCCUUUUCCCUCUUAAAAUUGCCACCUUGUUAUUUUUGGAGUCGGCGGUGAUACCCCGCCGCUGACAUGUCCUGUCCAUCCAGACCACCAAAACGGUCCGAUGGCUCGUCCGCAGUCCGCGGAGGAGAGUCAUCCAACGUCAGUGCCGCUGGAGCCACGACGCAAAUAGAUUGUUCAGCGAGCGGCGAGCUGAGCCCCGGUUUCACCGGUCCCACCGGCGAAGGACGAGAGCCGGACUCGCCGUCCCAGAUCGGAGUCAAAGCCACCCUCCUUUCUGAUAGCCUCAGCAGGUUUCAGAUGAGGUCUAUAUUCCGUGGCCGUCGCCGCUCCAGUGGGUAUUUCUCCUAUGAAAGCGACUCGUUACCAGACUCUCCGCCUUCGCCGAGGCCAAUGACGGCUGACAAAGCCACGCAGACUCCCAGUCUCACCGCACAGGUGAUGAUACACGCCCUAGAGCGCACGGCGGAGGCGCAUGGCGAAGGAGCGAGGGCGCACCGGCAGCAUGGAGGAAGCUCUUCACACCCCUUUAGCACGCGGACACAAAACUCAGCAGGGGUCAUGCAGGCGGAGAGUGUCGGACGAGGGCUUCGACGUAUUGGGGAUGAAUACAACAGGCUCCUUAUGGAGCGGAGGCUGGCAGGUGAACAUGUGAUCCACCCACAGCAGCUGCCACACAUCCACCAGGAGCCCACCAUCCUGAUCUGCAUGGGGCUCAUGCUCCUUCUGAUUGGACGACUACUGUACUUACAGAGCAGUACAAGCAGCCACCAGGGCCACUCUCAGGUCUAACCUUUGGAAAACCCAGCAGACGUAGCAUUUAUUUUCCAUUAAUAAUGUCUCUUUGUCUGUGUUGGACUUUUAAUGCUGAUGUUCCUUUCUUGGACUUGAUUGUAGACUGUCUCUCGUCUUUUUCCAAAAUGAAGAAGGUGAGUUUGGACUGUGCUCGUCUUAAUUUUACUUUGGAAAGAGAUCUGUUAACACCUCUGAAAAACUCUAAAUCACCUGUACCAAAGAGCCAGAAUUUUGCACUCCGUUCCAGUGCAGGGACAGUCGUGUCACCGAACAUCUGGAAGAUGACACCUGUGGAAUUCAAUCGUGCCUUGUACAGCUUCAUUUAUUCUGCUGUUUUUACUUUUUGUCCUUUUUUAGGCGCUUUAAUUGUAUGUUUGUUCAAAUGUCACUGGCUGAUCAACUCUGCAGAGCCCAGGGUUGCUAAACUGUGCAUGUCCAGUCCCCACAUUUAAUUAAAAAAUGAACUUGCUCUCCUGUUAUUUUGGGAUCAGCAUACAACAGACUCCUAACCACUGUGGGUUCCUAUAAAGAAUAUAUAAAGUUAUGGCUUUUAUAUUCCUAAACUACCAUGUCAUCAGUUUCAUAUCACAUUUCCAAAUGUCUGCUUAUGUCUGUAGAGUGGGUCUGGAGUUAGGUUUUGAGAAUUCAGUGUUUUCCUCCUCACAAAUGAAUUGUGUCCAGAUGAUGUGAGUAUUUACUUACGCAGGUAUUGACCAAAGAGAUACUGAAAUGCCAUGGCAGAUUUUGCUGUUUUUCCAGUAAUCAACCAAUCACACAGGAGUCUUUUUCAAGAAACUGGAAUAAAAUAUUUCUUGUAGUUAUAAAUAAUCAAAUAUAAAGGUGCAGCAGCAGGAUUAGAAGAUUUGGUUUGUAAGGGACAAGACUAUGAAGUAUUCUGUAAUAUAAACUGUGGCUGGGCUUUACUGAUGGAAAAAUGUGCCAAAAAAAGUCACUUAGGGCCAUAGAUGAGAUGUUUAUGCUCUCCACAGGAUUAAAAUCACUAAAAAGCAUUAUUUGUGACAUUUUACUCCUGCAUUCUCCCUCAGACGAACAGCCUUCAGUCAGAAAUGAGCCGGGUUCAUUUGUCAGCAUCAACGUUCUUAUGUUUUCUUUUCCAUGUUUCCGUUUGUGAUGCCGAUCCCUGCAGUCGCUCCUGUUAGCAUUAGGCAAACAUGUCAUCUGGUAAUCUGUCAUUUGUGUCAUUAAUAAUUCAGAGGUACUUAAAAUAGAUGCUUUUAUACAGUUUUUAGUGAGUCAUAAUGUUUCAUAGUGUUUGUUUCUCAGACUUUUCACACUUUUUAAAGAACAUAUAUCCUGACAUUUUGAAACAUAAAAAAAUUAGAAGUAAUGUUUUUAUUCAGUUUUUAUACAUCCCUUUAAAGCUCAUGAAAGAUUACACAGAGCUAAACAAACACUUUUAAAGUGUUCCAUAGAUCUCAUUGUCUUUCAGUGACACCAGUUAACUGAAGUCUUCUGUGCUGAAAAGUCUGAAAGUUUCUACUGGAACCUGUUUGAGUGAUGAAGGCUCAAGACUUUUUUUAUCUACUGAAAACAAUGUGUAAAAAGAAACCCCUUAAGUACCAUUAAAAUAUAUGAAUGAGUCUGAAUGAUCUCUUCCUUGUAAAUAUAUUCAGCAUUAAAUAAAGGAAAAACAUCAUUUUUCACCUUUUUAAUCACAUUUACUUCACUUAAUGAAGAAAAAAAAUCCAGUUUAAAUGUUUGUAAAAGAGCAAAAUGAUCAACAGUCAGUGAUAAAACUAUGUUUCCCUUAGUCUUGUUUACAUUUACUCUAUUUACUCGUUACAGAGGCUGUGUUUUUAUCUUUUAACCGUUUUAACAAAAAAAAACCUAAAAUAAUGAAACAAUGGUCUUCCUCCUACCUUUGUUUCAGACUGAGGAUUUAUUAUUAUCAACCAGAAUGAACAUAACUGGCACAUGUUCAUGUGUUGACAAGGUCAUGUUAUCUGUUUAUUAGUACAGUGAGGGAUUCAGAUGCAGCCAAGUUUCCCAACGCCUGCCAGAAACAGAUUCCUGGACAACAACCAAACACUGGUCAGUGCAGAGCUGGAUGGCGAGUAAGCACUAAUAACAGUAACAUGGCAAACACAUGAGAUAUGGGUCCAUUUACACUUAUCUUUGAACUCCUCAGUCUCAAUAAAACACAUUAUUGUCACAAGGCGCCACAUAAUGCAGGUCACAGUUUAGAAAACAUAUUAAAUCACCAUCAUUUACAACAGAUUGAGCUGAUACUUGAUGCAAAAGCCACCAGAUAAACACCUUAAUAAGACAGUUGUGGAUGUGUUGUGGAAAACUUAUGCAAAUAUUGGAAAUGUCUGUCUGCUUGUAUGCAAAAACACCUCAGUGUCCUGUAAUUGGGAGGACGUUUUAGUCUUUACAUGUUUGUUUUAACCCUCUGAGACAUUUGCAUAUUUAGUGGAGAUUUUAUAAGGAUACAAGGAUUUUAUAUCAACAGUACAGUAUAUGUUUGAUAUGAACUCGUUUUGAGGUUACCACAUUCCACCCAGUAAAUUAAUGACUUAUUAUGAGUGUUGACCAAAGAGAUUCAUGCAAAAGUCAAUAUUAUAUGAGAUGUAUUGGAUGGUACAUGUGAAGUGUUCCCAAAUUCAGCAUUAUGUGUUCUGCUUUCGGCAUCAUGUUGGUAAAAAUGAUCUGUCUGUUUCAACCUGAAUUCAGUGUCAUUUAUUGUACACCAGUGUGUCUGAGAAGUACGAUUAAGUAUUAAAGUAAUGAUGGGUCUAUUUUGGAAUGACAGUCUGUCUUUAUAGUAAAAAUUGACCUGUUUUCGUUUUCAGUUCUGCUUCAGAUGGACUGUAAUGUUACAUCAGUUGAAUUUAAUCAUUGACUAAAACAAACUAUUUGUUCUCUCGCUGAAAUGAUCCAGAUGUGAACAUCCAAUCAGUGCCACAGCAGAAGUCUGUUGUAAUAACUAACCAGAUUCACUCUGGUUACUUAUUCAACUCAUUCAAGCCCGGGGUGUUUGCACAGUUGUGUCAACAUAAAUACAUCACAGAUCAAGUAAGAUCCUGGGUUUCGUCAAGUCAAACUGUUACUCCAGCAGAACUGUCAUCUGUGUAAUCUCAUGUGUUAAACUGACCUCAAUUGAGAUUAUGGAUAUCAAACCGUCAAUGUUUUGUUUUUUCAUUAAUAUGCAUAUUUUAAUUGCGAUGAUGUGGAUGUUGAGUUAUACUGAACUAGGUUAAAGCUGAUCAUGAAAUCAUCACCUUUCAGAGGAAAAACGUCCAAAUUUUAAAAAGCAGAAAACAUGUUGUAGAAUGAAAUUUUGAGUUUAUUAUUUCCCAAAUCCUGUAGAGAAAGGCCGGUUCCUAACCUGUAAGCCUCUGACUCUUCAAAACAAAAAUAUUGCGGCCUCAGGAUACAACUGUACAGUCACUGAUGAAUCAAAAAACUAUUUCUUAUCAGACUGGUUUAUCUGAAGGCAUUUUAGAUGAACUUUUUGACCUUGCGCAAGGAAACUUACAAAAGGUAAAUAUAAUGGUGCAAAAAUAUUAAUAAGAAUAAUUGUUUGUACCCGAUGGGGGGAGCAGUUAAAUUGAUUCAAGUUUACCAUGAUGAAAAGAAAUCAUUGAAAAAGUCAACAACAGUCAAAUGUCUCCUCACUGUAGAGAAGAAAACAGUCAUGGAAUGUACACUUUCCAUCACACUGAACCACACUACUUUCUGUUUCUACUUGUGCCUCCUCCGUGGCAAAAUGCAUGACAUUGAACACUCAGGUAGUUGCUCAAAUGCACUGUCCUGUGAACCAGGAUUCACUCAAGGUGUUGUGUACCGUCUGGUAGUAUGAGGGAGGAGCAUGGCAGGGAGGAAAUCGAGAGAUGAACCACCUUCUGAAACUGAUAUGGAAACCUGGCAAUGUGUUGAUUUAUCACGUCACAUGUGGGUGUUACAGUACAGAAAUGCAUUAACAUUCACAGUUUUACUGACUCACAUCAAUCCUUUUGGAGCUGCUUCUGAAAUGUGCGCUUUUGUUAACAUGCCACACUGCUUGAUGGGAGGAAUUUAAUGCUGAAGAACUUUUAAAUAUGAUGAGAGAGUAGGUAUAUGGAAGAGAUAUCUUCUAUCUACAUGUAGAUAAAUAAAAAUGAUGAAUGAGGGGACCAUGGGCAGCUUGGCUGUGUUGUGCUUUGCUGAAAAUGCUGUACAAAAAUGCAACUUGGAGCCUGUUUUUUGCACGUGCAGAAACAGACUCAAACCAUUGACCCAGUACAACUGUAGCAUCAUAGUGUCUUUUUUUUGUACUGUUGUUGUACACUGAAAAUAUUGUAAUUAUUCUGUUUUUAAUUCUGUAUUGCAUAGAUGUAAUAAAGCUUUUUUCAUCUUUUUCA